CCUUCUAUAGUGGGAUACAUGCGAAAAUCUAGAAGUGGUGUCAAAAAGAACACUAGAAAAUCUAUAUGUAAAAUAAUAAGCAGUUCGGAUCGGCUGAACUUCAUCACAAUUGAAUACACCGGUGCUCACUGUAGGCCCCGUAUAGAAUCUAAUUGUACUGAAUACUGUCGUGUCCAACCGUGAUUGGUAGUUGAGCCGGGUGUGUACCCCCGCGAAAGGACUGUUGCGUACUCGCCAAGGAAGAAGUGGAGGGAAUAAAAGACAGAGAAGACUGAAAGAGUGAAGAGUGGGGUGGGGUUUCAUGUUACGGUCGGUUAAUUCCCGAUGAGCCAUCGUGCAGAUAUAGUGCCUCUGAGAGAGGCUAUUGAUCUGGUCGAUCACAAAGUGAACCUACUGGGUGUCAUUGUUGAAUUCGGGUUUCCAAGGAAGAGCAUGGGAACGGGUAUUUGGGAUUCACCGUUUCUUUCCUCCUUUUUCAAUCGCCUACAUCAAGUUGUUCAAGUUUUUAAUUAUGUCUGUGUGCUAAAGAUAGUGGAUGACUCGCAUCAGAAACCUGAAAUUUCAGUUAAUAUUUUUGCUAAGAACUUGGAUGAACUUCCCCGGGUUUUAGGCCAUGGAGAUUUGGUCCAUCUUUCUCGCGUUGUGAUGAAAGUCUGUGAUGGGGAAGUUUUUGCUGUUUUCAACAAGAUGUUUUCUUCUUUUGCCCUCUUUCAAGGGAAAGCUAGUAACAACUUAAACCCAUAUCAAGUUUCCUCAAGAUUUUGCCAUGAAUAUCAGGAUGAUAUGCUCAUAUCACAUUUGAGAGCAUGGCUGCUCAACUUUCAACUUGAUGCAGGAUCAAGUGAAUACCUGCGGUCAUUGAAAGAUAUAGAGGCGGGAAAGUUCUUUGAUUUGAUUUGUAAGGUUCUGUAUGUAUACGAAGCUUCUAAAGAUGAGUGGAUACUCUUUGUAUGGGAUGGAACUGAUACUCCUCCAUUAAGUUUGGAAACAAAGCUAGAAGAUGAAGUUGAAAAGCCACUUCCUUUGAAUUUUGAAUCAUUUACUUUACCAAGAGAGACCUUGUGCACAUUCCCUCGUGUGGGAACCAUUUUACGUGUGGUGCCUCGAGCUUAUGAAAAACUUGAACUACACUUCAAAGAUAGCAACCAUUGGGUUAAAUUCCGGAAUAUAAGCUGUCAAGUAUGCUCAGGAUUGUGGUAUGGAAUUUUAAUGCCUAAUUCAAAGGUCCGACUUUUGUCUAAUGAGGAUGACUUUGUAAUAAAAUGUCGAAGUAGGAAUUAUGAUGAUCGGGUAUCAGCUAAAGUUGGGCGUUUGCCUUUGUCAUUUAAUCCACAUUAUUGCUGUGUUACAGUGACAGAUAAUGAAAAUCUGCCAUACAUGACGCUAAUGGAAAUUCUCACUUAUUCAGAGGUAACUGCCAAAUUCAAGUCUGUUGUUCGUGUUGUAGCUGCAUGUCCUUGGAGAGCCGAACGGUUCUUCCGUUCACGGGUUGGGAUGCGGAGCCAUAAGAUUAGAUUUACCUUGGAGGAUCCAACUGCAAGAAUACACGCUUACUUAUUUGCUGAAGAUGGGAUGGAGUUUUUUGAAGGUUUUCCCCCUAUUGAUGUUCUGACGAACAAAAGGAACAGAUUGCUCGGCAUCAUUGAAGGUGGAACCUGUAAAGGUGAGAAUGUUCUAAGAAAUCCUCCAUGGGUGGAGUGUUGUAUAAAAUCCUAUUACAAGCAUAAAAAUGAUUGUUGGGGAAGCAGGCGUUUCCGGAUCUUUGGCACUAGGCUUGUUUCAUAAAGCCUUGGGCCAUUUUUUGUAUGUAUUUUGCUGAUACAUAUUUAUUUUUUAUAUUGUAUGCAAACAACCAACUUAAACAAAAACACUUGGAAUUUUAGCCAAUCCAAUAUUAGGCUCAGAAUAUGUCUAUGCAGAAUAUCGUUGAGCAGCAAUGUUGUGCUUGACCACUGCUAUGUAAAGUUUUUCAGGACUGUACAGAGUACUAUGGCAUUAUUGCUUUGUUAGACCUUGUGUGGUCUGGAUUUUUUGAUGAA